AUUGACGCAGCGGGUGUCGUCUUGUGCGUCAGGAGCAGACAGAUGCCAGAGCAUCAUCAUCAUCAUCAGCGCGGGGCUCCCUUCCGGUCCGGACCACAGCGUCGACCACACGUAGCUCCCCCCAGCUCGCCUUGUCAGUCCGGUUCGGAUUGACGAGGAGCUUCGGCUGCAUCCAUUGGUUCCGAGAAUGCUCCGGGGCCCCCCCUCAGCGGGCCUGACAAUAUGAGCGUGACGUCAUGGUUCCUGGUCAGCAGCUCUGGCACUCGCCACCGCCUCCCCAAGGAGAUGAUCUUUGUGGGCCGGGAGGACUGCGAGCUGAUGCUGCAGUCUCGUAGCGUGGACAAACAGCACGCCGUCAUCAACUACAACGCCACGACCGACGAGCACCUGGUCAAGGACUUGGGCAGCUUGAACGGGACGUUUGUCAACGACCUGCGGAUUCCCGAUCAGACGUACAUGACGCUCAAGGUCUCCGACAUCAUCCGCUUCGGAUACGAUUCUCACGUCUACCUUCUGGAGAAGAGUCAACACAAGGUCCCUGAAGAAGCUCUCAAGCAUGAGAAGUACACCAGCCAGCUGCAGAUGAGCAUCAAGAGGGCGGAGCUAGAGGAAGGCACCAAGGCGGAGAAGAACCCGAGUACCAAGAGUCUGACUCAGGGUAUGGAAUCUGAUGAGAAGUGUCAAUGCAGUGUCACUUCCUGUUUCACAUCCCUCCCCUUCUCGUAUGCGACAGAGGCUCCGCCCCCCCGGCCCACACCCCUCUACGGGCAGCCGUCCUGGUGGGGAGAGGAGGAUUAUGGGAGUCCAGCUGAGAGCAGAGAUGAACCUCAUCCAGAGAUGCAGAAGGAAUCUUCCUCGGUGGAUUUUCCCGGAAGUCUCUCGGAUCCGCCAAGCAAGACCCUUAUCCCGUCGUAUCAGCGUGAGGCCAACUACUUCGAGAUCCCCACCAAGGACUUGCAGCUUCCUAAGGCCGUGGAGGCGGAGCUGCAAGAAAUCCCCACCAAGGACACAGACACGCCCCCUGCUCCGCCUCCCAGCGAGACGCCGCCUGUGGUUCAGAGCCACGCCUCCUUCACCAUCGAGUUUGAUGACUGCAGUCCCGGCAAGAUCAAGAUUAAAGAUCAUGUGACUAAGUUCUCCUCCCGCCAGAGGAAGACUUUGCCCCCCGCAAAGAUGCGGGCCGCAAGCGCUACACCCGCGGAAGUGAUGUCAUCAGAGAGCAAGGUGGCGGAUUGGCUGGUGCACAGCGACGUCAGCAUGAUGAGGCGCCACCCGACGUGCGACGACGUUUACAGCACCAAGAGCGACCUCGCCAUCAACAUCAAGAUGCUCAAAGGUCAUCACCAUGACGACGGAACUCAGAGCGACUCCGAGGACCCGGUGCUCAAAGGACGUAGCGGUAAAUCCCAGCACUCCGUCGACUCCCGCUACUCCGUCCAACUUGAACCAUCCCCGGCGCUGGAGCCGCCGCUGCGCCCCAGCCCCCCUCGGCCCCGGUCCCCUGCCACCGACCCACCAAAGCCCCCGGAGCACCUCAGCCAGCAGGCCUUCAUUAUCGAGUUCUUUGAUGACAACCCACGCAAGAAACGCUCACAGUCUUUCACUCACAACCCCGCCCACACGGACUCGUACUCCACCCUGAAGGCCAAGCUGGAGCGGCGCAAAGGGGGGGAGAGGCCGGCGUCGGUGCACGGCCACGUGCCCCCGACCCAGCAGACCUCGGCCCCCUUCAAGGGUCACGCCCACGCAGGGCCCCAGAGAUCCAGCUCUCUGAAGAGGGAAAAGGGAGAGGCGGAAUCGGCUUCGUCCACUUCCACCUCUCGCUCUACGUCGGCCAUCUUUGUUCGACCUUUCGGCAGCGUUGGGAAAAAGUCAGCGCUCGCUCAGGAGUUUGCUGUGGAAUUGUUGAAGGACGCUUGUCAACAGGACUCCUACCUCGCCGGGGACAUCAUCUCAUCUCCGCCCAUGUCUGCACCGCCAGUGAUGGUGACGCCUCCUCUUCCUCCUUCGCCCAAAGAACCAUCAGCCCCGCCCACAGUGGCCAACACUGCCCACACCGCUUUGCCUCCGACGUUCACAAAAGCCGCCUCCCUCGCUUCUGACGGCCUCAGCAGGAUCAGCCCCCCCCGACCUUCCUCUGGCGCCGUGCUUCCGCCCCUUGGGGGAGACCCCAAAGGCUGUCAGAGGUUGCUGAGGAACGAGGAGGACGACAGCGUCAGCGAGGCCGGCACCUACACCAUCGACACCGACGCCCAAGACCAGGAGGUGGAAGACGCUCGCAGCAUGAUUGAUCAGGUCUUUGGGAUCCUUGACUCGCCCGAGUAUGGCGGGCUGACCCCGGGAACAUUCAGACCUGUGAUAGAUGAAGACCAGGACGACCAUGCUAACAUUGCUAGCGCUGCAGAAAUGCUGCAUGACUUGGGUGGCCCAUUACAGAUUCCCGCUGCUGGUCUGGAAGGACCAAAGUGGGUUUCCCGUUGGGCUAGUCUAGCAGACGGCUACGUUCUACCUGCUUCCACACCUCCAAGGCAAAGUCAAGAAGACUUGCAGAUCCUCAGUCAGCAAGCGGAAGGUUGCAGCUUGGAGAACCCGGAAUCCUCAGAGUCCAACCGCAGCUCUCGGAUGAGAAGGCGACUGCCUCAAGUUCCUCCAGAAAAGUUCAAUGGCGCCACCACCAACCUCCUUAUUCGUCGAGAUGGAGACCAUGUGGACAGAAGUCCUCUGGGAAACUUGUCCGUCCAGGAUGAAGUGGAUCCCGACAGUCUGAGUGACGCCAGUCGCUCCGAGGACACUCCCGUUUCGAAGCAAACAAACAAAGAUCAGUUCAGUUCUAGGUUCAGUUCUUGCUCAGGUCAAGAGAAACUGUCCCCGUCCACAAAACCCACCAUCUUCUAUAUUGGUUCUGGAGAAAAUCCAACCAAACCCGACCCAGCUAGAUUCCCAGUGCAGUGUGAGAGGUCCGCAGACCCCCACGUGAAAAGUCCCCCAACCACCAUACUGAUCCGACACCUCAGCAGCCAUGAAGGCCAAAGAGGGGGCAUCAAACCAAACAGUUCUGCGCCAAACCUCCAAACACAGGACAAGGAUUCUGUUCCCACAAAGGACUCCUGGUCCCUCGCACGUCAGGAGAGUUUCACCAAAGACGGACCGACCGACUGCAUCAAGAAACUUCCACACAUUUCCAGUCACCCGUCCAUCCGAGACAUGGAACAGAGGAAGUUCAUGGACAUGGAGGCCUUUCUUCAGGAGACCAGAUCUCCUGGCUCCGGGCAGAGCUCCAAGAGAGGUGGCUCGUCCAGCCAUGUGGAUGAUUCGCUUUCUGGCGAGUCCGAUGUGGACACGGCAAGCACUGUGAGCCAGGUCAGUAGUAAAAAUGCGUCCGCCGGUUCAGCUUUGAAGAAACGCCCCAAAGCCAAUGAGCAAAAACAAACGACGUCCUCAAGCCAGGAAAAGGGACGGAAGAUCACCGCCCGUGAGCGACUUUCGGAGAAACGGCGAAACCAGACGGCGGUUAAUGCUACCAGCAAAGCGGAAGCAGCAAAGCGCUUGCAGAUGCGGCGCAGUUCCGGAAACCGUGGAUCACUAGAUCUGUCCGAGGGCCAGCAGGCUUCUGACCAGGAAUUCCAAACAUCUAAUCGGAGUAAAAAGCUUGUCCACCAACCUCAGAAAGACGACCCCGGAAAGAUGCCCAAAUCAUCAAAUGUCCAGGUUCUUACUCGCUCCAACAGCCUCUCCGCGCCGCGUCCCACACGAGCAUCGAUGUUGCGUCGAGCACGCUUGGGAGAAGCCUCGGACAAUGAAGGUACGGAGACGGACAGGGCCUCUCAAAGUUCUGACCAUGCUGUUGCUGGACCUAAAGCAUCCCAGGAGGUGAAAAAACUGUCCAGACUGGACAUUUUGGCGCUUCCGAGGAAGAGGACGGGUUCUUUUACGGCUCCGAGCAACAAUGAGACCUCCUCCAUGAACCGGCCUAGUUUCUCCGGCCGGAGCACUGACGCCACUCUUGCCACCAGGAAGUCCUCAGCGGGCGACACCCGCCAGCCUUUGAGCAAAGUCGGCGUUCCAGGGAAGAACUCAUCCAACCGUUCCAGUGGAACCAAGUACUCCAACAGUGGGGUCCAUUCCAAUGUCUCCUCUUCAUCUGACGAAGACUACAAGAGCAGCGCUACUUCCCAGAAAACUAAACGCUCCACGCAGACGCCUCGAAGCAGCAGGACAGCCCCCGGCCGCUCCAAGUCCGUCUCCCUGGAGACAGAAGAGGAUGAGGACCGGAGCGACCCGUACCAGAACUGGUCCACUCACAGUGCAGAGAUUGCCAAGCUCAGCCAUGACCUGGCUAAAGACUUGGCCAUUUUGGCCAAAGAAAUCCACGACGUGGCCGGAGAUGGAGACCCAAACGGCGCCUCCGGGGACCUGACGGCCGCUUCGCCCGGCUCACGUCCUGACACGUCAGCCAUGUCUGCCAGGGAGGAGGUGGGACGCAACGUAACGUAUCCAAAAUUGACAGAAUUCAAAAUUCCCACAUUCACAUCUGUGUUGUCUUUCCAGCUGGUCCAAGUUAUCCCGGACGCCGCUUUAAAUUUUCCUAAGCUGCCAACGGGUUCCGCUUCUGUGCCGGAACUGGACGCAAACAUGAACGAGGCCCCACAGAGUUUGAGUCCGCUGUCGCAACUGUCGCACGCCAUCCGGGACAACACCGAGCAACUGGCCGCCAAAAUCAAGGUGGUCUUCCACAACAAAGCGGAUGUGUUGGAGGAGAUGGACAAGAAGAUGGAUGCUGACAAGGAACUUCCCGUCCUAAAAGGCUCCAGUCAGGAGAUCACAUCCAUCGUGACGGAACUCAGAAGAGUCCAAAGGCAGCUGGAAGUCAUCAACUGGGUUGUGGAUCCGGCCGGGAAUCUCCAGUCCCGCGGUCAAAUCCCUCGGACGACAUCAAAGGAAAAAAAAGCUGCCAGCAAACAAAAUGGCGUCUCUCAGAAAGCAACACGUCACAUGCCGUGAGAGGUUCAUGUGCUAAUUCUUACCAUUACAUCAAUAUGCUAGUUAGUUGUUAGAAACCACAACACAGGAUUUGAUGCCUCUAUAGGGCACCUUAGGGUGGGU